AUGAAGUUUACGGUUGUUAAGUUUUUGUUUAUACUCGUCAUCAUUGCAGCACUUCUCGAAUCGGGAGUCGUACAAGCAAACGCAAAAUCGGCGAAAGCCAAGAAACGAUCUCCCCUUCCCCAGGCUGGGUUUGCCAAGACGGCUAAAAUGGCUAAAAUGGCCAAACGGGCCAAGACUGUGUGA